UUUCUUAUCAAUUUAUUAGCAUUUUAUUUGCACUCCCAUACAAUGCUCACGUGUAUUCGCUUUACGAGUAUUUAUAAAUUUAUAUGAACCCAAUCACUGUGGGAAUAAUCUAUUCAUUCCGUGUAAAAUAUAGUGAUAUAAAUCAGUACCAUGCCAACUUGCCGUCGCCAGAUAAUUUUAGUGCUGUUUUCCUUAUUUAUUUACAAGUGUGCUACACAAUCUACAAAAGAUGAGUAUGAAUCGUUCCUACAAAACGCCAAGUACACAAAAUACGUCGAUUUACUGGCUCUGUACGCAAAAUUGGAAAAGGAAUAUCCACAUUUGGCGAAAGUGCACUCCAUAGGGAAAUCCGUGGAAGGUCGUGAACUUUUAGUCUUGGAAAUCUCAAAGGAUGUUACAGAGCCGCAUCCAGACCGCCCGAUGUUCAAAUAUGUGGCUAAUAUGCAUGGCGAUGAAGCUAUAGGCCGAGAAUUAGUCAUACUCCUGUCUCAGUACCUUCUCCUCAAUUAUGGCAAGAACGAUAGAGUUACGAAGCUCGUUAAUGAGACGGAUAUCUUUCUAAUGCCUUCGCUGAACCCCGAUGGCUAUGAAAAAAGCAAGGAAGGUGAGUGCGAAUCUCUCCCAAAGUACCAGGGACGCAGCAACGCAAAGGGCGUAGAUUUGAACCGAGACUUUCCCGACCAAUUCGACAAGAACCAUUCUACCAAUGAUUCUUAUAUAUUCGGCAAUCGUCAGCCGGAAACUCGAGCUAUGAUCAAGUGGAUUUUGGAGAAGCCAUUCGUACUUUCUGGGAACCUGCAUGGCGGUGCAUUGGUUGCCAGUUAUCCUUACGAUGAUUCAAGUACUGGUCAAGAAUGCUGCGUAGAUAGCCGAUCCCCGGACAACGAGCUGUUCAUUCACCUAGCAAAAACAUAUGCAUCGCGUAACGCUGACAUGAGCAAAGGAAACGCCUGUCCCCCUGAAACCUUUAAGGAUGGACUCACCAAUGGAGCUAAUUGGUACGCUGUUGCAGGCGGCAUGCAAGAUUUCAAUUACGUGCACUCCAACUGCUUCGAAGUAACCUUUGAACUGUCCUGCUGCAAAUACCCCACGGCCGGCAACCUGACGCGUUUCUGGAGGAUGAACAAGGAGCCUCUUAUGGCGUUUAUUGAGCAGACUCAUUUAGGUAUUAAGGGAUUUGUUACAAACGACACUGGCGCUGGCAUUCCGAACGCAAUAAUACAAGUAGAAAGAAUUACGCACAAUGUGAAGACUGAUCAGCACGGCGCAUAUUGGAGACUCUUGCUGCCUGGAGACUACAAUGUCACUGUCACUGCACCAGGUUACAAAUCACCCGUACCACUCAAAGUGACAGUACCAGUUAACCAAACGACAGCCCUAACACUGAACAUCACGUUAAAACAGGAGUUAAGCGAUGAGCAUAGCAGGAGCGCACGUGACCACUCCGACGGUCUCUCCGCAGCUGAAUUUGUCCACCACAACUUCGAGAAAAUGGAGCAGUACCUCAAGACCUUACAUGAGAAAUACCCUGAUAUUACCCGGCUGACUAGCAUCGGAAAGUCUGUAGAAGGACGCGACUUGUACGUUCUAGAAGUUACUAAGGAUCCUGGAAAGCAUGUGCCUGGCAAACCAGAAUUCAAAUACGUAGCAAACAUGCACGGCAACGAAGUGAUUGGGCGAGAAAUGCUGCUUCUUCUUGCAAAAUAUCUCUGUCAGAAAUAUUACGAAGGCAACGAACGAGUCCAACGACUAUUGAACAAUACUAGAAUACAUCUCUUGCCCAGUAUGAACCCUGAUGGAUACGAACAGAGCUUUGAAGGUGACCACACAAGCCUAAGAGGAAGAGGCAACGCUCACGAUGUGGACUUGAACAGAAACUUCCCAGACCAAUUUGGAGCAACUGCGGACAACAAAGUCCAAGAACCGGAAACCCAGGCGGUGAUGAACUGGUCGAUGUCCACGCCGUUCGCGCUCUCUGCGAACUUGCACGGCGGCGCGCUAGUCGCUAACUACCCGUACGACGCUAACGCCGAGAUGAAGAGCGGAAUAGAAAAUCCAUCCCCUGACCAGCCUGUGUUUUUGCAUCUCGCUCACACUUACUCUGAUACUCACCAUAAGAUGCACUUAGGCCAACCGUGUAAGGAAGUGCCCAACGAAAGGUUCCCAGAAGGCAUCACUAAUGGCGCUAAAUGGUACGUGUUAGCAGGUGGCAUGCAAGACUGGAACUACCUCCACACAAAUGACAUGGAAUUGACGUUGGAGCUAGGCUGCUUCAAGUUCCCCCCUGCCGCUGACCUCCCUACUUACUGGGAGGACAAUAGGGAAGCUCUGCUUACUUACAUCGAACAGGUACACACUGGCGUCCAUGGCUUUGUACGUAGUCACAUAUCGAGACCAUUAGCGGGCACUACGAUAUCUGUCGAAGGCGUCCAUCACAAUGUGAAGACUGCACAAGAUGGUGACUACUGGAGGCUUCUUGUACCCGGCACUUAUAACAUCACUGCGAGCAAAACCGGCUACGAAAGCGUAAGUGAGACAGUGACCGUUCCGCAAAGCGGGUCAGUCAGUCUGAACUUCACGUUGAUGCCAGCUGAUCCUCAGCACUGGUCUUCGGCUCAUGACUACCGCGUAUUGGAGAACAUUAUCGGAACGCGGUAUCACAAACCGUUAGAGAUAUAUGGGCUGCUAGCAGAAUUGGAGAACAAGUUCCCAGACAUCGCGGAGUUUCGCUCUGGAGACAGCUUGCUUACGUCCACAUUUCACCAAUUGAAGAUGACUGAACAGAUCGGUUCACCAGAGGAAUCAAAACUCCAUAUAGCUCUUAUAAGUAGCUUCUACGGCUCAAAACCGCUUGGCCAAGAAAUGCUCUUAAAUUUCGCUCGACACAUAGCGAACGCUUACGCAAUAGGAGAGCCUAUUAAUAAAAAAAUAUUGAACAAUACAGUCUUACAUUUUAUACCAAAUUUGGACCCUAUUUUAGAGAAGAUAGUAACCAGUUUUGAUGGCACAGAGCACUGCAACGUGAUUGCACUUGAAGAAGAAUUUGGUGAUAGCCUUUACAAUUAUAUAGCAAUGAAAAAUCUGAAUCCUUUAUCAAACUAUACUAGAGAAAAAGCAUUUAUUAAUCUAUUGCAAGCCGAAAAAUACGAUCUGGUAUUAGAACUAUCUUCGGGCAACGAAGACGUAUCUUAUCCAGAGCUAUCUAAACAUGUUUACGAAGAAUUCGCCAAAAUUUACCAGCUACAUAGAACUCCAGUAGACAGAUAUGACUGUACAAAUAAAAACAAUGUUAUACAUGAUAACUUGAUAGAUAUAUUGUAUGAAAGGUAUAACACACCAGUUGUGUCCGUUGGUUUGAGUUGUUGCAAUAUGCCGACAGAGGAAAAUAUUUCUUGGAUUUGGAGAGACAACUUGGAGGGGAUCAUGCAGUUUGUGGCAAUGAGUAAUACAGGUAUCGUUGGCUACGUAAAGAACGAAGAGGGCAAGCCGAUGCGGGAUGCAGUGCUAACCAUUAGUGGGAUAGAGAAAGAAUUUCAUGUCACCUCAAAUAUGGCCUUCUAUCGGAUUAUUUUGCCGCCGGGAGAGUACCGUGGUAAAGUGAAGUGCCAUGGCUAUCAUGAUCAGAUGUUCACCUGGCGAGUGCUAGAGCGUGAUCUUAAACACAAAGACAUAACAAUGAAGCGUGUUAACUCCGAACGAGUGACGGGCGGGCAGUUCAAAGAGUUUGAAGAAUUACAGAUGGAUGACAAUCCCAAUUUCAUACGUGUCGCUGGUUUAGCUCUAGAGAAUACCAAUAGCGAACCCCUACAUAAUGCCAAAAUAACGGUGUACCCACUCGCUUCAGUCAUAGCGAUAACUCAUAACAGAAGUAACGAGAACGGCGUCUUCAUUCUCUCUAUACCAAUCAAAUAUUUGGGGAAAGAAGUUGUUGUUUCCGCUGCUGCUAGGGGGUUCCUCACUCAGCAAAAGCAUUUUAUGAUUCAAAGCAACAACAGAACAAGUGUAUUAUUCAAGCUGGAGAAGGACGAUUACGUAAUGGGAAUGCCUCGAUUGGUUUUCGUUAUGGUCGCCGGUGUAUUGGGAGUGGCCCUAGUGACGAUGGCAGCGUGGUGCUUCAGUUGUCGACAGAGGGCGCGUGAGUCGCGAAGGGAGUAUCUCUUCACGCAGAUACCUUCAGAUGAUAAGCGACCACUUUGUGAAGAUAUUCAAGAUGUAGUUCGCAAGCCUUACUACGAUGAAGAAGAGUUACCGCCAUCAGAAACAGAUUCGGAGGACGAAAUAGUGCUGCUCCGCUCAGACAAGGAGUGGAAACCGGUAGAUGUGAACGAAUAAUAAAAUCCGGUAAUCAGAUAAUUCACUACUGACAUAAUUUUUUUUUUCGCAAGUUUAAAAACAACAUAUUUAUAUUCCGUCUUGCUUAAUAAACGAAUCGUUUAAAGUUUACAGAGUCAAAAUAUAUAUUCAUUUUUAUUUCAGAUAAUAAUUGGCUCGAUUUUGUACUUCAGUCCGUCCCUUUAUAAUUUUUUGAAACAUUACAACGAUGUAGUACUUGCUCAAGAAGGUUGCGUUAGCUGUCAUUCUGUUGUUUUUUCACUCAUUCAGUUAUUAUUUUUACUAAAAAAAACUAUGUGACGUAACCUCCUAAAACAUUGCAGAUGAAGAGUUCUCUUAUAGUUUUAAGGCAGCUGUCAUAUGUUUUUAGGAAUAAAGAGAAACUCGUUUGCUUUAAUACGUAAUGGAUUCUUUAUUUCCUAAUAUGUAAAGAAAAAAAAUUAACAGUAAAAUAAAAAUUUUGUAUCGUGAAUUUUGACGCGAUCUCGAAAAGUUUUUUGUUACAGUA